AUGCCAAGAAAUUAUAAAAAUUACAGCUUCGAAACUCUAAGAAAAUGUUUGGCUUCCAUAGAAAAUAAAGAAAUAACGCAAAGAAAAGCUAGUGAAAAGUAUGGCAUCCCACGCAGAACCAUUAUUAAUCAGCUAAGACUCCUACGAUCUAAAAUGCCAUCUCGACCUCCAGGCGCACUAGUUGUUAGUGGAUUUUCAAGUGAAGAAGAAGCCUUAUUUGUCGAUUGCAUUUUAAGGUUGAGCGAGUACGGCUUUCCUCUCACAAAUUUCGAUCUUCGAAUCGUUAUUAGAACAUAUUUGGAGAAAAUUGGUCGGAGAGUUACAAAAUUUAAAAAUAAUUGUCCAGAGUUUGAAGCUAAGAAGCUAGAAUGGACGACAAAUGGAACUACAAGAGUUCGUCGCAGGAAACUACACAUCACUCCUGGAAAAAGUGUAAUUGAAGAAUUAAGCAUACUUUUGGAUGAUAAAGAAAAUGAAGCGUUGGCUCAACCGUCAACUUCAAAGCUAACAUGUCGCCGCAGAGCCAGUAGCGAAAGCUCUUACGCAGAAAGUAUCGACAUGUCAGUUCAUGAUUCUUCCGAUCUAGGUUCUCUUGGAGAUUUAGAAAAUAUUGAAGCUAAUACUGAUACAGCGGCCGAAACUUGUAAUGAAAAUUGCAAUUUUAAACCAAUGGUGAAGGCGGUCGGGCAAUAUGUAGUUUUCACGUAUGAGGAGGAAUUUUUUCCUGGUAAAAUCACAAAAAUAACUAAAGAAGGGCCGUAUAUCUCUUCAAUGAAGAGGUCACUAAAAUCCUGGACGUGGCCUAAACCCGUCGAUGAAAUUCAAUACAAUUGGCAGGAUAUAUUGGGAUGUAUUGAAGUCCCUAAAAAAAUUAUUACCCGACGUGAAAUAUAG